AUGCCCAUAAAAACCUGCCCCGGCACUUACAUUGUUCAGUCGGGUUUUGGUCGGAGCACUGGAGGCAGCUGCAUGCAGCCAAGACAGGCCUGGGGAAGGCUGAACCAUGGGGUGUCUCUGUCCCCAGCGGCCCUAGCACUGCUGGCGAUAACCCUGCUGCAGGGUGCUCAGGGGACCUGGAAUCAGACAGGGUGUGGUCAGCCCAGAAUCUCUGGCCAAAUUGUUGAGGGAGGGGAUGCUGCAAGGGGCCAGUGGCCAUGGCAGGUCAGCAUCCAGUACAAUAGACACCACUGUUGUGGUGGGUCCCUCAUCUCAGCCCAGUGGGUUGUGUCAGCAGCUCAUUGCUUCCUGUUAUGCCCCACCCCAGAGGUGGCUGCAUCUCAGAAUCAGGUGGACCAUCCCUUUGCGGCGACCUGGGUGGUUUUCUCCCAGCUGCCCUACCCCAGAGGUGGCCGCCUCUUACCGUCAGUCUCGUCCCCUGUGCGCCAGAUCCUUGUCCACCCCAAUUACAACAGGGGGACCCGUGCAGCCAACAUCGCCCUCGUGCAGCUGGCGGAGCCAGUGCGAUACACCGACGAAAUCCUCCCUGUCUGCUUGCCUGGCUCCUCCGACCCCGUGUCUGACAGUCACAUGUGCUGGGUCACUGGUUGGGGGAGAAUAGACUCUGAGGUCUCUCUCCCACCCCCCAAGAUGCUGCAGGAGGUUCAGGUCCAGCUGAUAGACACUGCAGCCUGCAACGUCCUCUACAACAUUGACCCGGCCCCGAACAUCGGCAGGGACCACAUCAAACCCGACAUGAUGUGUGCCGGCUACGCCGAAGGACAGAGGGACUCCUGCCAGGAUGACUCUGGGGGGCUGCUGGCCUGUGACCACAAUGAGACCUGUUUCUUGAUGGGAGUUGUGAGUUGGGGGGAUGGCUGUGGCCAGCCAAAUCAUCCCAGUGUCUAUGUCCGGACAGUGGCCUACAGUGAAUGGAUAUGAGGGCACGUGGUGUCCGGGGGCCAAGCCACAUCCAUGGAGAACAGCAUCUCUGGAGUAAAUGACACCAGAUCCUCCUUCAGCAUCUACAUGCUUCUCUUCACCACUCUCCUGAGGUCACUGUGAUCCCCCCUUCCAUUGGGACGCGCCCCCAUCUCUCCCUCCUCUGUUCACCCAGCACUGAAACCCUCCACUGUCUGGAGGCAGUAUGAGGUGGAGAUGGGAUAGGAUCUGAGACCUAUCAGCAAUGCCUGAGUCUUCAGAGAACCCGACCCUGUUGCAAUGAGAAGGGAGGGCUGCCCUGAGGGUGACUGAGGUCAACACUGCCUAAGUUUGCAGAGAGCCUGAGCUGAUUGCUUGGAGAGGUGUGAACUUCCCAGAAUGUGACCCAAACAUCAACACUUGCUGCAUCUCCAGAGAGCCUGGGUUGGCUUCACAGAGAGGGGUGAACUGGCACAAGUGUAACUGGUGCAGCGAUGCUGCCUGAGUCUGCAGACAGCCUGGACUAAUCACUUGGAGAGAAGGGGCACUGCUCCAAGCACCUCUAGGAGGCAGCGCUGGGGCAUGCAGACCAGGAAUGUUUGGGAUUGGCUCUCUGGGAGACAGGUGGUCUAGGUGGGGCAAGGUUUAUAGGUAGCCCCUUCUACAGCUCCAAAGUGUCUCUGUGUGUGACUGCAUAUAUGGACGCUGCACCCCCGUCAC